AUGUACUUUUACAAUUCUUUACUUUUAAUUAGCAACAUUCUUAUCUUAAUAACACAAACACAAUCACAAGCUGCAAAAGGCCCUGGAAUAGCAGGCUGCAAUCAUCUUGGUUUUAUGAAUACGAAAUGCUGUUUACCGGAUAUUGAACCUUCAGGCCUACCAGAGGCUUGCACGUCUAUAGUUUACGAUGGGGUUUUCGUGGAUUUAAACUAUCAUGUCUUUGGUGAUCCUUGCACGUGCACAGAUGAUAAAAAAGUUAUAGAAAAUUUAGACACAACAUUGAAUUCUAAGAGGCCUACAUAUGUAUAUUACGGCCACAUUAGUCAAUCAGAAUGGACUCAAGUGCUUGCUUGCGAAGCUUGUAAUGGAGGAAUCAACUCAUUAGAUGAAAUGAAAGGCUUAAAGGCUUUUUUGGACGAACAUCCAGGGAUUACUGGUCUUAUCCUAACAACGUUCGAGAAUGACAAAAAAUAUUCCAUAGAAUUUCCGGGAUUUUCUGAAAAUUUAAAAAAAUAUAUUGAGGUGAUGAAAACGUCUUUCCCUGAAUUGGAAGUUGGUAUAGAAGUAUCAGGAAGAUUUCUAAUAGAUCAGUUUACAGCUCCGUGGUUACCUUGGCUGGAUAUCAAGGUGAUAGAUCCUGUAACGGAUUUCUUCGUUAUUAAUGUAAUGUACAUGAAUGACUGCACUUGUGAAAACGAUUUGUAUGGUUCUGGAACAACUCCAAUGACUUCAAAAAGUACAAAUUAUACAUUGGAAAAACUAAAAUGUAUCUUACCGGAGGCAUCUUUUCCAAAAGAAAAAACAUAUUUUAGGUUUAGAUUGAACCCUUCGUCCGAUCCCAAUGAUUCAAAUACUAUGUGUGAUUUGACUAUUCAAAAGAUGUGUACAAGUCCGGCAGAUACAUGUCUUUUUUGUUCAGAUACUCUGGAGUCAUUUAAUGAAAAAGGUAAAUUUGCCAAAGACAACGGAGUUGGAUUUUUUACUUCUAAUUUAGAUUUAAAUGAUCCUACAAAUCUCUGUAAAUGUGAAAAACCAUUUGCUUCGUUCUACGCUAUUCUAGAUGGUUUUAAUGGUGUCACCUCAAAACCUUGUGAUCUAUUUACCAGAAAAUAG